ACAAAACAAAAAAAAAAUCCAACAAAAAGUAGUGCUGGAGAUUCUGCAUCCUGUAUAACCUGUUUCAGUAUAUCCCCACUUUGACACUAUAUAUAUUUAUUUAUUCAUAUUCAGGCUAAAUCUUGUUUACCAUUUGAACUGAUGUGGAAGAAGAGUACUUUCCCCCUUUCUUGUGACUCUUAAUGUAUGCAGACUGCUCUGUUCCUUUGGUGUUAUCUUUUUAAGACUAAACACACUCAGGUCCUUUGGUUGUUUUUCCAGGUCCUGCUCUCUGCACUCUGAUUUUUGUUUCUUUCCACUGCAGUGUCUCAGAUUUUUGUGUGUGUUUUAUGAGGAUGAAUAUGUGGGGCUGGAUGUGGUCUGUUGGCUAAAGACUCACCUGACUACUGCUGUGUCCCAGGCUGACUUUUACCCUUUUUGUAGCAACACAAGCCUGCUGGCUUGGAAUUAAUUUCUCAAUCAAUGUGCUUUUUCUUUGUGGCAUGUUGGAAUUACUGUUGUGUCAUUUCCAUUUGAUUUCACACCUGCCACCCCUGCCCUUAGUGUACUGUUUUGUACUGAUCUUUACUGAGAUUUGAUAGUAGGUUGUAGGUAGGUGUGGGGUUCCUGCAGCCAGAUCAAAACACUGCAAUAAGAUGCCCCAAAAUCUUGAGCUGGUUUGAACUUGCUGUGUUGAGGGAUUUUAGUUUUUCUGUUGUAAGAGAAAAGUGAUGGCUUUAGUGGUCCUAGCUCAACUAGCCAAGCCAGUGUCUUCACUGAUUCCUUCUUGCAUCCCUGCUUCUGAUGGUCACUGUGCUUGGAGAUUGGUGUUCUCCUUCGGAGAUGCCAUGGGACCCUGUCCCUUAAUUUCUUUUUGAUUGCUUUUGAUUGCAGCUUGGCUUCCUCCUGCAGUGUUUUUGUUCAGGGCCUGAAAUUGGCAAAGGGCCAUGAAUUUAAAAAAGCAGUUUUUCCUGCUCAUUUGUUCUGAUACCGCUCACUGUGGAGUCUGGCAUGAGCAUGGAGAGGCGAUGCUUCAUGAAGGAGAGGGGGGACAAGGGGCAACACUGCCCUUUUCAUCCACAGCCUUAGAUUGGCUCCAACAUCCUGAAUUUUGUCUUGAGAGUUUCAGGUCCCUUUCUGUCUGGCUGUUACUUAAUGCUUUGAUAUCUUUAUCAAUUUCUUAUCUUAUAGGUAACUACCAACUGAUCAUUUAAUUUAAUCAGGAGUCCUUCAGAGGAUUGAAGUUACUGGUGUGUAACUUCUCCCGCCUUUUUUUUUCCUUUUAUAAAGAGAUUGGCCAGCCCGGCUGAGACCACUUAGCAAUGACAAAACAAAAACUCCUGCUUGAUGGGACACUCUCCUUGUUGCUGAUUGCGGCCUGUGAAGCUCAGCAGCUCCCGAGGAGUCAUGCUGCUGCCAGUUCUGGUUCUCUGUGUGACAAGGAGGCAGACUCUUGGGGACACCUGUUCAGCAGCGAGCGGCUGGAUGCUUGGAUCUGUUCCCUCAUCGGUUCCUUCAUGGUGGGGCUGAGCGGGGUCUUCCCGUUGCUGGUGAUCCCCCUUGAGACAGGAGCUGCGCUGCGCUCUGAAGCUGGGUCACAGCGUUUGAAGCAGUUGUUGAGUUUUGCAAUUGGUGGACUACUGGGAAAUGUGUUUCUCCACCUGCUUCCUGAAGCCUGGGCCUACACGUGCAGUGCAACAACAGGAGAAGGGCAGAGCUUUCAGCAGCAGAAGCUUCUGGGUCUCUGGGUGAUCAUUGGUUUCCUGACCUUCCUGGUGCUAGAGAAGAUCUUCCUAGAGAAAGAGGAGGAGUAUCCUGGUGUGGACUGUGAUUCCAAAGCAUCGUCUGGAAAGAUUCCCAAUGGAAGUGGCUGCCCGCUGCCCAAGGGGUCCUCUCAGUCCCAAAGAGCACGAGCUCAGUGUAAUGGCUCCUCUCUCCAGUCUGGUCCAAAAAACAACAGAAUCAAGAUUAGUGGAUACCUCAAUCUGCUGGCCAACACCAUUGAUAACUUCACACAUGGCCUGGCAGUAGCAGCCAGCUUCCUGGUUAGCAGAAAGGUUGGGUUCCUAACCACAAUGGCCAUUCUCCUGCAUGAAAUCCCACACGAGGUUGGAGACUUCGCAAUCCUACUUCGGGCUGGCUUUGACCGCUGGAGUGCAGCCAAGAUGCAGCUUUCCACAGCUCUGGGGGGAAUUCUAGGAGCCUGCUUUGCAAUAUGUGCUCAGUCACCAAAAGGAGCAGGAGAAACAGUAGCUUGGAUCCUCCCUUUCACUUCUGGAGGAUUUCUGUACAUUGCCUUGGUAAAUGUUGUGCCUGAUCUCCUGGAGGAAAAGAAUCCUUGGAAUUCCCUGCAGCAAAUUCUGCUCCUGUGUACGGGCAUUACAGUCAUGGUGCUACUCGCGCUCACAACUGAGUAACCUCUGCGCAGACCUCAUGAUGCCUCCCAGAGCCACCACAGUGACUCUGAGCUUUACAAAGCAAUAAGGAACACUAAUGUUACUUCCCACGUGUGUGCGCGCAGAUCUGGCUGCUAGUAUGAGAAGCGGGUGACAGAGAGGUCUGGCUGUGCAAGACUUCGUUCCCUGGCUCUCCUAUCCCUGUUCUGCUAAGCUCCACACAUGAGGGCUUCUGUUCCUUUUCUGUUUGGUUGGUUUUUAUGGAGCAAAAGAUACACUGGGCAGAAACGAACUGAACAACUGCUCCACUAUGAGUGAAUGAUGUUUCAUUUGGUUCAUUCUGAUGGAACUGCACCUCCCAAGCUCUUGUGUGAAAACAGUAGAAGUGAUUCCUGUAGCUGAUGAAGAUAAAGGAUUUUUCCUACCACUUUAAGGGCUGGAGGCAGAACAGGCAUGACAAAGCUUUAACCAGAACCCCCUAGCCAUGAGAAGUUGAUGGUGCUAUGAGAUAGAUGGGAAGAGACCCUUUCCAACUUGAUCUCCAGCUGUUCAUUGACACCACUUUUUCCUAAAGGUAGUAUUGGCCUCAGCAGUCCAGCUCUUUUGGUCUAUUUUGUUUACAUUGAAAUUGAGCCAAAAGCUUGAGGCACUUUAGGGUAGGUCACUACAAUUAAAUGACUCAGCUUGGAGAUUACUUGCCUCAGCCCUAACCACUCCAGUAGCCAGCACAGCCCAGCUGUUUAUCUGAUACAUGAUCAGUAAAUGUUUCUUCAAUUGCCAACUACCAUGGAGGGAAAGCCAUGUAGCUGUUAAGACUGAGCUCCCUCUCCUCAUACCCAUUAGCUGAAUACGCUUCUGAGCCUGCUCAUGAGACCUGAUUCAUUCAUCUGCCCCACACCCUGUUUCAGAGCUUUCUUGAGGUGCAGCAUGUUAGACCUGCACAGCAUGCUACAGCACCCCUAGACUGUCAUGGCAGAGGUGCUUGAACACUACAGCCUGGUCAGCAACUGAUAACUCCUGGUUUGCUUUUCAUCUGUUCAGUGUAGACUAUUUAAGAGCAUGCUGUAGAUGGCAGCCUAUUUCUGGGGUUCUUAUCUCAUAGUGGAGUUCAUUUGUUGAGGAUGAAUGAAUAAGAAAUAAUGCUGACAGCUUUUAGAUGGGAAGGUUGAAACUGCUGCUGAAAAUAUUUUUAAGUAAGGUGAGAAAGGGAUAUGAAAGGGUGACAAUAAGUAUGCUUUAAGAGGAGUUUUCUGUUAUGUGAUGCUUGGGAUAAAAUCUUUGGCAAUUUGAAAAUUUAAAACCAGGUCUAAUUGAAUUAACAGUCACUGAACACAAAACAGGUGCCACAGUGUGAUUUACACCAACUUGGCUCAGUCUUAACAGCUUUUGUGAAACAGUACAGCUCUCCAGUCUGCCCAGGGCCUUACCAAGAGGACUCAUGCCUUGAGAGGGCGAUUUAGGUCAGAGCAGCAAGGCAGGUAUACUGCCCACAGGAGAGGCACUACUUCCCUAAGAGAUUCCUGAACUGUUGACACAGUUCUUUUUUAUGACAGCUCCUGUCCUACUUUUCAGUGAGUGCUGGAGAGCUCAUGCUUGCAGUUCUGUCUGCCCAGGAACUGCUGUCUGAAAUUUUUUCAGCUUUCCUUUCCCUGGACUUACAUUAGUAACUAGUUUCACUGCAACAAGGAGGGAGGCUUAGUGAAAUUAUUUAUUCCUCUUUACAAAAUUACCUUCAUGUGCCAGCUCCUCUCUCCAUCAUUCAGUUGUCAUGAGGUCUGAAGGUAGCAUCCAUUUCCUGCUUUCCUGGAAGGAUGAUUAAUCUAGUUAGCCUGCAGGGACUGGGGGAGUAUGCCAACCCUCUGGUUCUACCUUUGGGGGUUCCUUCUGCCCAGGGACUGCAGCUAAGCAGACCCUGUAAAAGAGCUCUGGAGGAAGCAAGCUUGCACAGAAAGUUGUGCCUGCUGUUUCUCAAGAUGUCUUUCCCAAAAUAAGGCUGGCAUUUAAGUUGAGGCAUUGCCAGGUGAGUGCCCAUGAGUUGGCGUUGUUGCAUCAGCACUGAGCCUUGCCAAGACUCAAAACCAUAGUCAGGAUUUUAUACUCAGCGUUCAGGAAUGUGAAGUGGAUGACACUGAACAAAGAAUUUCUGAGCUGUUUUUCUUGGCUGCUGUCAUAGGCAUGGAUAGUCUGUGGUUCUUGGGAAGAUACCCUGGUAGGAGGGAGCAUGGGGCUUGUGGGAGGGAGGGUUUCAAUAGAUUUCUACUGCGUCAGCCCUGGGGCUGAGGAUUGAGAGCCUUGGGAGGAAAUGGAGCAUCACUCCACCACAUUUGUCACUUUUGGAAAUGCAGAGAGAAUUGUAUUUUCUAGCUCUAUUUUUUCAGCUGCUCUUAUGCAUUUUCUCCCUUCAUCUGUAUUGGUCUGCUCUGCAUGGAGACAAUAGAGAUGAAAUAAAUAGUUUUCCAUGU